AUGUCCGACGUCAAGCCUACUGUCACGCAAUGUGUUGGGCCUGUCUAUCGCUCCGAGGACCAAAAGCCCACGGCGGUGGUCUCAACCGGGGUAGAAUUUGACACCGUCACCAUCCUCCCGCAGACGCCCCAGCUCAUUGCGUUGCUCUCGAUUAUCCGCAACAAGAACACCCAGCGCGGAGACUUCAUCUUUUAUUCCAACAGAAUCAUCCGGCUGCUCGUAGAGGAGGGCCUCAACCACCUUCCGACGGUUGAGCACACCGUCACGACGCCGGUCGGUCGCCCUUAUGGCGGGCUCGCGUUCCAGGGCAAGAUCUGUGGUGUGUCCAUCAUGCGUGCGGGCGAGGCGAUGGAGCAGGGCUUGCGGGAGUGUUGCCGGUCCGUGAGGAUUGGUAAAAUCUUAAUCCAGAGGGACGAAGAGUCGUCUCAGCCCAAGCUCUUCUACGAUAAGCUCCCGGAGGACAUCGCUGAUAGAUGGGUCCUUUUGCUCGACCCCAUGCUUGCGACGGGCGGCUCUGCCAUCAUGGCUGUCGAUGUCCUCUUAUCCCGCGGCGUCCCCGAGGAACGUAUCCUGUUCCUCAACGUGCUCGCAAGCCCGCAGGGUAUCCAGAACUUUGCCACCAAGUUCCCCAAGCUUCGGCUAGUCACGGCGUUCGUUGACCAGGGACUCGACGAGAAGAACUACAUUAUACCCGGCCUUGGUGACUUUGGCGAUAGGUACUAUACCAUGUGA